AUGCCUGGACCCGCUACAAUUAUCUCAUUAGGCGCUGUUGGUGCCGCUGCCGUGUACGCUAACCGCAGACACUCACAAUCUUCUGAAACUGAAAGCAUGAGUCCCAUUGCUUUGGCCAGAAGAAAAUCAAGCACAGUUCAAUUCGAUCCUGAGUGGUCCUCUCGUAAGCAACCUGAAAUUCUCUGGCGUAGAGACAAUGGCGUUAGUUUCAGUCAUAAUUCCAAGCCCAAAUAUCCAACAGGUCAGAAGGAUCUUCAACAAACAUCUUCCACAUCUAAAUAA